AUGAGUCACACAAUGACAAAUGCUUCUACUCUCAUGAGCAUAACAGUUUGCGACCCCAACAUGAAAGGUACAGGAUUGGAAAUGGAAUGUUUACGUCCAUCCAUGCACAUUCCCGAACUGGUGCUCAUUCCUCCCAUUUAUGUGUUGAUAAUAUCGGGGUUUCUUUGCACUUUAGUUAAUGCCUUCUUCAACUACGUGUCUUUCGGGCGGAGCAGCAUCACAACCGCUAUGGAAAAACACACUCGUGUGAAAAUGCUUAUUCACCAUUCACUUAUCGUCCGAGAUAUGGAGGGGCACACCAGCGUGUCGAGGAGGGACAAUAUUUACAAUGAAACUGAUCAUCUACUAACUCAUAGUAAUGUUAGCGUAGACCAUAAUGACAGCGCUGUUUUCUUUCAGGGAAUAUUAAAUUCUGAUGCUUUAGGGUUCGAAUCACCAAGAGUUCCCGCCUCCGUGGCGGACGAGGCGCUAUAUGGUUCGUUGGAAUGUAUCCGACGCGUAGGACAGCAAAUUGUAUUUUCACACAACCCCAAGUAUAUGAUCAUAUCGAUCACGAAAAGUUUGGUGAUGCUCUUGGUGUUACAAUACCAUUUUGACUACAAUGGAGGGUGGGACAGGUUUGUAGUGUGUACGGCUGCGAACUUGAUGAGUGGUUUGCUUACUCCCGUUUUGGAGUAUGGUGCCGAGUUCCUGUUACAACUCGACCCCGAUAGCAAUCUAAAGGUUGCUCAGGAGCACGAUGAAUUGGAUGAUGUGGUACUUAUUUCGAGAAUACUCACGCGGAUCGGUGAAUUCAAGUUGGAAGACCUUGAAACGGUUUUGGUGCAGGGCUGUACAUUUAUUGUCUUUGGUGCGGUUCUCCUGCCUCCGGUAUUUGUCUUUUGUUUGGUGGGUGCUGCUAUGUUUUUGUGGUUGUUCGGACCGUUGUGGUUCGCUUACGGAUACUUCCGUCACCUUUACUAUAAGCCAAGGCAAAGCAAAGGGUUGUCAUCUCCGAAUGCCCGCGGGUGGCUGCGUAUUACCCCAUUCCGUGAACUUGCGAGGAUAGUGUUAUUAAAAGCAGUGACGUUGUUUUUACUUCAGUGGACAGUUCAAUGCAGUUUUUUGCUCGGUUUGAUGUUGUUGCAAGGUGAAAGCUAUUUGAAGGCUCUCCAUUUAGAGGUGAAACAUCAGUUAUGGAGAUGGAAUAACCCUCUGAAGAUGGGUGGUUUCCGACUUCUUUGCCUUGUCAGCCAACUUUUGUUUUAG